AUGUUUUCCCAUUUACGAAUCCACCGAAGGGGACAAUCGAAUCCGACUUCGCCAAACCCCGAACAGCCCUCGGCGACUGCUCCCUGGGAUCCCUCGCUCCCCGAGCAGCACUCUCCCUUCAUUCAAGAUGCCGCCUUAAGCCCAGACAUUCGGCACCAGUCUUUGACGACGAAUUCCUCGCUGCCUCCCACCCUGCCGCCCAUUCCCCGCGUCACUUCGUCCAGUUCCGACUCUCCGUCUCCGCUCGAGCGACCGACUGUCGAUACCAAGAUCGCGGUGACGCAAGAGCCCAACGCGCAGAAACACCAGCCGCCAGUACCUCCACCGCCGGCCCGCUCACCGUACAACGCCGACUCUGGAUUCCUCGGCGGCGUGGCCUUGCGCAAAUACCAACGCGAACAGCAGGAGCAGCAGAAACAACUAAAGCAACAAAUGGCAGCGAAAUCACCGGAUCUGGUUGCGUCCCCGGUCCCUCACGGCAGCCACGAAAGUCAAUUCGCAAGUUCGAAACCCGCGCCCCCGCCGAUAAAUACCGCCCCUCUGACGAGACCCCCACCCCAACCCACGAAGGCCUCAAAACAUGCCGGCUCUUUUGCGACCCCGACCGAGCUGCAACACCAGGGUCACACCCAAAGCUCUCCCCAAGCCCCAAGCUACGCUGCCACCGGACGACGCCCCGCGGGGACGAGACUGUCGAGCGAACCUAUCCGCAUGGCCAAUCAUGCAUCCGAUGCCCCCAAGGGUAGAAAAGGUCUGCCUUUUCUGAAAAAUUCCAUGUCAACGCUCCUUGCGCGGAGAAAGACGAGCCAAAAUGCGCCAGACUUGACACCUCUCCCGCUUGGAGGGAACUCAUCAUACGAUCCUCGUAUCCGAGGGACAAGAGUUCACGACUUCAGCGCUCCACGACCAAGACGGAGUCUCCCGCAUAACGAAGGUCCUAGCCCUGCCGCGGCGCCGACUCCUGGGACGAAAGCACAACCACAGAUACUUGAAGAGAUGCUAGACUUGGGCCAGACGUCGUCAAGAGAGAGCACAGCACCGACCCAAGCGUUUCAACAUGGCAGGAAUACAAGCAGUGCUUCCGAGUCUGGCCGCUCGGGCUCCGUCAGCGUCGCAUCACAGCCGGCUGUCGAAUCCGGGAGCGGGUCGGUGAAGACGAGAAGCAGCCUAAACCUGGAGACGAAACCUCUACCUAAUGUGCCGCCCAAAGACGAUACGGCGCCCUCGUCAAGCUCGGCCUCAAUCGUCUCCAAGAAGCCCUCAAUCAGCGCGGCCUCGGUCUUGUCGAAGAAAACACCUUCUGUUAGAUCAAAUCCCUCAAGGCAUGCUUCCGUGUCUGGGCGAGAUGUGCUCUCUUCUGUCCCCCGCCACAUGAAGAGUACGUCCUCUAGAUUUAGCUUCGACAUGGUUGGUGCCGCAAAGCAGGAGAAGCUUCUCGAGGAACGACAUCGUCAACGCGAACUCGAGAGGAAGACGUCCGACCCUGAACCUAGUGGAGCUCGUGAUUCGAGGUUCGACGACUUUGACGAGGACUUUGAUUACGAUGCCAUGAUGGAGGAUGAUGGCUUCGAAGAGCCGAUUCCGAUGAGUAAUGAUUUUGGAGAUGACUACGCCUACGAAGAAGAUUUCGACGCUGGCGGCACAGAUCCUUUAGGCCUUGAUGCCGAUGACGCUUUUGACGCGGCUGGAACCGACCCCUUGGCUCUUGACCCGGUGCCAGAAGUUGAAAUCGAAGCUGAGGAGGAUGCUGAAAACGAUCCCGAUAAUGACCAAGAAAACUUUGCUGGUUUUGUCUUUCAACGAUCGGGCCCUCCCUCGGCUUUGACCAGUCCACACAGCGCUGGUCUGUUAGCGACGCCAAGGGAUGCUGAGGGCAAAGUGAUUGGAUUUGCUGUCUCGAGAGACGCGUCGGAUCUGAAUCAGGUUUUGAGUCCCAAUUUCGCUCCGGACCAGCACUUGUCGCCUAGUACGACUGAAUCUACUGCUGGCCCUCCCAUCGAGGACUUGAACAUUGCCAGUGAGGACCAGCAAGAUGAGGAUGAAACAUUGUGCGACCCAAACCCGUCCUUGUCACCUGCUCCGCUCGCAGUUCCUAAGAAGGACGAUCUCUAUUUUGACAACGGCCUUCUCGAUGAGUUGGAAUUUGCUGGAGAGGGUGAUGGCUCCUACUUUGACGAGUCCAUCUUUGACCUGGACGACACAGACAAAUAUGGCCGCCCUAUUCCGGGCGCCUUUGCCAGGGCUCAAGCUGCGAGGGUUGCCAUGGCUGGUGGCGCAACUGCACUGGAUAACGGUGUACAAGAAGGUGAUGUCAAGAUUGGCGAAAGCCAAGAUGCUAGUGCUCAAGACGGCGCUGCCCUUGAGAACAGCAAGAGGAUAUCCAACAGCACAUCAAGACUGUCUGCGCAGUCCAAUGUUUCGCAAUCAACGGCCCAUACAUCCCUCAGCGUCGGCAUGCCGGCUCCCUCUGCCGAAGAGUCAAAACGGGCUAGCGACCUCCUGGCUCAGGGCCAGGAAUCCUCCGUAAUGACUUCCAGCUUCUCAGCAACGGGCCAGGACAAGGUGGAAGCUUACCAAACUGCUCUUGCGGCGGCAGCGUUUGAAGCCGCCGCCAAUGGCAGAUUUCGACGCGACUCGUCACCCCCUCCAAGCGAGCUUAUGUCACCCACUGGAGAGUCCUCGUAUGACAUUCCACACAACGAGAACAUGGAUGAGUACGAUGAUUAUGACGACACUGGUUUUCGCGAAGACCUGAAUGAUUACGAUGUUGACUACGACGACUUCAUUGCGGAGGCAAACGCUAGUGCCCUUGCCAACGACUCUGAUGGUUGGUAUGGCCAGGAGUUCGGGUUCUACUCUGCUCCUGUUGAAGGAGGAGGGCGCCACAGCAGAGACAGCUCCAACGGAUCGGACGAGAAGCCUUUCGAAUAUGCCAACGGCGGCUUCUUUGGGCCAUCGGGCGUAUCUCGAAGCAAGUCUGGCAGGAUAGUAUCGCGGGAGCCCAACCUCACGCCCAUCACAGAAAGAUCCGAGUACUCUAACCGAAACUCGAUUAUGAGCCUCGCUGUUCCACCUGGCAUUGGCUCUGGUCCAUCGAGUCUUCAGAGCCCUGGCCUGGCCCAACUUGCGAUGAUGGCAGAAGGCGACGACAACAUGAGCCUAUCAGCACUGAUGCGGCUGCGCUCCAAGGCUUGGGGCGGCUCACAGGCCAGUCUUGUCUCGAGUCGCGAGGGAUCACCGAGAUCGGAGAGGGGUGAAGGUGGAAGCUCGCCUUGGGGCCCAGGGCCUCACAACAUGCUGGGUAUACACGGCCAUGGCCGAAAGAAUUCUGCAUUUUCUGUCCGCAGCCGCGACAUGGAUUCUUCGGACGCGGGCAGCACGUCGGGUUCGCCCACUCUCACCAUGUCCAUGCCCACUAUAGGGUCACCGGCUCCUCCACUUCCACCGCUCAACCAGAGUCCCUCGGUAGUGAUGAACUCUCCCCACUUCACGCACAGCGCGGCAUUCGACCCCGUUCCCGAGUCUGACGAGAUGGACGAGUUGUCAAUUUCCAACACCAUCUCACACUCCGGCUUGUGGAUGAAGAGCCCGGACACGGCCAUGCAUCCGAACAUCGUGCCCCGGAUCGACCCUACACCCCAGCGGAAGCCCGGCAAGGGGCACAAGCAUAAGGGGUCCGCGGAUAGCAUAUCUUACAUCAAAGAAGAAGAGAGUGGCGAGACCCGAUGGGUUCUCGAGCGACGGUUUACCGCCGACAGCGGGGAGGUCGAAGUUCAGCGAGAACUCGUUGGCAAUGGCCAGAUUUAG